AUGGAGGCAGAACUUUCCCUUAUUAACAAGGUGGAGCUGCGAAUUGCACUGGCAGACUCAGAUUCGAAAUUCGAACAUUCGUUAAAGGUAUACCUCGCUCCUCUGCUUUUGAAACUUGCAUCUCCCCACCAAGCAGUGAAGAAUGAGGUGCUGAAAAUCAUCAGACAUCUGACAACAAGAUUCAAUGCUUCUCCGGGUGUUAAACUUCCGUUAGAAUCUCUGUUGAGUCAGGCUAAGGCUCCUCAAGUAGCUUCUGGUUCGGAGACGGUUUUGGUUCAGAUGUAUUCCUUGGUGAUGUUCUCCAAAGGCAUUGAUCGCAUCACUGAUGCUGAAAAAUUGCCUUAUAUCCCAGAGUUAGCACGCGGAAUCUCUUCUAUCAACAAUGUUGCUGCUGCAAGACUGUUUGAGGUCUUGUGCAAAACGAUUGUGGCAUGGACUCCACCAGAAAGGGGAACCGAUCAUGCUGCUGAGUUCAGAGGGUUUCUAAGACUUGACGACAUCCCCGAAGACGAGGCGUUUUUGAUUGCAAAACUCACAAAUUUCAUGCUGUUGAAUCCGGUGCUGCCACGCGAUGGGUCAAUUCCUCGGGACAUUUCGUUUCCAGGUUUGGCCGCGAGUGAUGUUGCAUUUUUGACAUACGACGCUGGCGUCACUUUUGACUCCAAAACGUUGACGACUUAUCGCAAGAAGUUGAUUCCGUUUUUGGAGUACGGAUUCCGUAAAAAGGCUGCUUUACCAUUGCUGGUUGCUUCUGCUGACUCAACUUAUUUGAUUGCCGAAGCUGCCACUGCUGCAAUGAAACGGCUAACUUUGGACCACAACGACUUGGGUACAGUGAGGGCUCUUGUGGUUUUGCUUUCAGGCGAUCCGGCUAAAGGAAUUCCUCCUCUGAAAGCCUCUUUAGAGGAGAAAAUAUUGGGCUUUCUGGAGAAAUCUGAUCUGGAUAUAGUUGGUCAGUUUCUACCAACGAUUCUUUCCAUAGGCCUGGAAUCUGACUCUCCUAGAGUGAGACGGGCGGCUGUUAGCAUAAUUAGAAAAUCCAGUUCGAUGCUUACUGAUCGGUCUGGUGAACUUCUCGGUUAUUGCGAUGACCUUGCUUCUCAGCUGAGGGCAAACUUAGAGUCUGAAACGGAUUCUCAGAAAUCAAUCGACUAUGGGGCAGCUAUUACUUACAGAAAGCACCAGUUCGAAGCACUAGGCUUGCUUUUGAGGCAUUGCUCCCCGGGUGUACUUUUUGACUAUAUACAGUUCAUGUUUCGCUGUCUGUUGAGUGAGGAUACAGAUAUGAAGUUGACGUUGCAAGAUGCUCUUUCGUCAUUGGCUGAGAAAGCCGGUGGUUUCCCUAGCGAACAUAAAGCGCGCCUGGCUGAGGCACUGGAAACGUACUUAAGGUAUGACUUGGCAGAAUCUACAAAAUCAAAGGACGAAAGUUACCAAUCUGCGAGGUAUUUGGCCGUAAAAUACAUCAACAGUAUGUUCCCAUUCAGUGAUGCGAGAGCAAGACUAGUGUGCAUACUUGCUGCUUCUUCUAAGAACAGACCAGACACUGUUGAGGAAGCCACUAAGGGUUUGCAUCCAUAUUGGUUCAAUUUGAGGUACAAUCAAUCCAAAAGCGAGCUGGUUUUUCCCUCUUUCAAAUCAAUGGUUUCUGUCCUGCUGGCUGAAAGGGAACUGUUUUUCAAAGGUGCAACCACGUUGGAGGGCUCAAUGGAGCUGGCCAUCAGUUUUUCGGUGCAGUGUCUGGUGAUGCAAGCCGUAGCUGGUAAAUCAACGGUGAUUGUCAAGGACGAGCAAUGGGAAACCAGAUUAAAGAGUGGACUGGAACUUGAUAAUGACGUGAUCCAAUUGGUCAUUGAAAGUCUCAAAGAGCUCUCCACGAACAUUGAUGGAGACGAUGAUGUUGCUAUGGACUCUGAUGAUCAACCAAGCUCCUUGGAUCUAUUUCUGGGACUAAUCCUCAAAGAGUACAUUGGAAAAUCCAAGGAUGGGUCGAUUGUGGCUGUUUCCUCGGUCAGCGGAUCGACCUCAAUCAAGGACUUUGCGAGGCUUCUAUCGCUUUCUCCAACUUCCACAUGUUCUUAUUUGGUGAAGGAGAUUCCUAAUAUUCUCUUUGCUCUGAGAAGAGACCAAUUUGUGCCAGAGGACGUCAUAACUGCUGUAGGACAAUCUAUUGGUAUCCUGGCAUCCUGUCCGGAGUACGAUAACUUGGAAGUUAUCGAACUAGUCCGAACACUUGUUGAUCCAGCUUCGAGUCUAGAAAACGCUUGCUCCCUUUAUAUUCUGGGAUACGUAUUGUCAAGACUUGCUGUGAGAGGAAGGAGUGAUAUUCUGACCCCAGACUUGUACGAUAAUGUUUUUGAGAACUUGAUACAAGCACUAGCUUCGUCUUCAAAUUCUCUGCAGAACGCCGCACUCGAAACUGUUUCUCAGUUGGCUAAAUUUGGUGUCCUGGGACCUCAGAUAACAGUCACAAGCAAUAUAUCCGAUCACAGAAUCAAGAUCAAAGAGUCUUUGAAACUAUUGGUGAAAAAACUAAAUGAAAAGGCCACUUUAGCUUGGGCAUAUCUUGCUCUCUCAGAGAAUGAGCAACUCGAGGGUGGAGAUGAACUCACCGAAUUUGAGCAGGCAGUUUACGAUGGACACAACUCUAAACAGACGGAGUAUCUGUUUGCGUCUGGAGAGGCCUUGACAAUCAUUGCAGCUGGUUGGGAUUCCAGUCUCAUGAAACGAUAUGUGGACAUUCAGGACCCUACCAUUAAGCAGCUUGUUCCCAAACGCCAUGCCAGACUGAGUUUGAUUCUGAAAUUUGUUCUCCAAGCAUGUUCUCAAACGAAACCCAGUCUCAGGAAAGCAGGGUGUAUCUGGCUGUUAUCGUUGGUUCAGUACUGUGGACACUUCCCAGUUGUCUCUGCAAGUUCUUCCGAGAUUCACGUUGCGUUCAUGAGAUUCCUUGCGGAUCGUGAUGAACUCGUACAAGAAUCGGCAUCUAGAGGCUUGAGUAUUGUUUACGAGUUGGGUGACACGGAACUCAAGGAUACCUUGGUUCAUGAACUGCUUACUUCGUUCACAGACUCCAACAAAACGUCGUUACUCUCGUCAGGUUCUGUGACUGGUGAUACACGUUUGUUUGACCCUGGUGUUUUGAAAACGAAUGACGGUUCCGUUUCGACGUACAAAGAUAUUCUCAGUCUUGCUUCCGAGGUGGGCGAUCCUAGUCUAGUCUACAAGUUCAUGUCACUUGCUCAAAACUCGGCUCUCUGGUCCUCCAGAAAAGGUAUUGCCUUUGGUCUUGGAUCAAUUCUGUCGAAGUCAAAGCUGACUGAUUUGCUCAGCAGUAACUCAAACUUUGCCAACAAGUUGAUCCCCAAGCUGUUCAGAUACACAUACGAUCCAAGUCCAACUGUACAGAGAUCCAUGAACGAUAUCUGGACGGCUUUGGUACCCAAUCCCUCCGAGGUCAUCUCCAACAAUUUUGAUCUCAUGCUGGAGGAGCUUCUAAGUUCUAUGGGCAAUAGAGAUUGGAGAGUAAGGCAGGCAAGUACUGUUGCCUUGAAGGAUCUUCUUGGAUACGUCAUAAUGAACAGAUAUGAAUCUUUCUUGGAAAGGAUAUGGUCAAUGAGUUUUCGUGCUAUGGAUGAUAUAAAGGAAAGUGUGAGAAAGGAGGGACAGGCUCUAGCUCGUUCGUUGGCAUCCACUAUGGUGAAUUUCAUGGCAUCACAGAAGAAUAAUACAGAUUCGGAGGAAAAGAUUCACAACGCUUUAUCGAAGCUGAUUCCUCUCCUGCUCGGUCCAAAUGGAGUGCAAAGUGAGGCUGAAGAGGUGAGAAAUUUUGGACUGAAAACACUUGUGACGAUAUGCUCCAAGUUCAGCAGUUCCCUCAAGCCAUUCAUUCCCAAGCUAGCCGGUGAAAUGAUCACGUUAAUGUCCACCGUUGAGCCACAGGUUAUCAACUACCUAGCGCUCAAUGCUGAUAAGUACAACCUGACUGCAAGCCAUAUCGAUACCCAUAGAAUGCAGGCUAUAGGUCAUUCGCCUAUGAUGGAGGCUCUUGAAAUGAUGAUCGGUGACUUGGAUGCGGAAAUUUUAGUCCAGUUCGUUCCCGCUCUACAAAGCAGUAUCUCUAAAUGCGUGGGUCUACCCUCUAAGAUUGCUGGGUCUCGAGUCUUGGUCAGUAUGGUUUUGAAGAACCCAUAUAUUGUCAAGCCCUAUGGUGACUUGCUUCUCAAGCUUUGCAUCAACCAAAUGAAGGACAGAAAUGAUACGGUUGCAUCUUCUUAUGCUAUGGCUGCCGCAUAUUGGUGUAGAGUAUCGUCCAUCGAUGCCGUUGCCAAAUACUCCAAAGUGCUGCGCAAGUUGUACUUUGUCUCUGAUAAUGACCGCAAUCGUGAGAUAUCGGCCGUGGCAAAUGAGUUUGUGUCCAAAUACUCCGGAGAUAUGUUUAGCUCAAUGGCCUCUGAGUUUUUGCCAUUGGCAUUUAUCGCUAAACACGAUCCCUUGGAAAGUGUCCGCGAUCCCUUCGAAAGGGAGUGGUCGAACACCACGGGCGGUGUCGGAGCAAUUAAGCUGUACCUGGGUGAGAUUUCCCUCAUAAUAUCAGACCACAUCAUGUCUUCGAACUUCCAAAUCAGGCAGGUUUGUGCAAAGAGUAUCGCAGAAGCUGCGAACAAGCUUGACAAUACUAGUGGUGUUCCAAAGUAUGUCCAUAGUUUGUUUUCGGUAUUGAUCCAGGCAUGUCAAGGAAGGUCCUGGAAGGGCAAGGAGACGGUUAUUGACUCUCUGGUUUCAUUGUCUAUCAAGUUUGAAAAGUACAUUGAGACCGAAGCCGAUGGUCAUGUCUUACUCGAUAAAAUCAGUGACACGGUUAUUGCAGAGGCAAAGAGAAGAAACAGGGAUUACCAAAGAGAGAGUAUUAAGUCUUUUGGUCGGUUUUUGGGAGUAUUUCCUUCUGCCGGCCGGACUAAUGAAUACAUCUCAAUUCUUUCAGGGAUGCUUGAAGAUGAAUAUUAUGUUGAAUCAGAUGAUGAGGACGAGGACAUGGACUUUAAAUCAUCAAAAAAGGAUGUUUCAGCUUCACGCAGGAAUCUUCACAGAGAGGAAGAGCGACUGGGAUUUAUGGCCAACCUCAUCCAGGCAUUCUCACUCGAUGAAUAUGGCGACUUUUCACCCGCGUUGUUUGAUCUGGCUCUGGAUCGAAUCGUAGCUCUUUUCUCGAGUGAAGUUAUCAAAACCACAUGGAGAACCGAUCUUGCUGCCAGUGGCUAUUUGAUAUCCCUGCUGGACAAGUUUAAGAAGCUCGAAUCAGUUUCCUUGACUGAUGAUCAGUUGACCAGAUUGGAGAGAACAUGGAUUCGUGUUGCCGAAGAAUGUACCAGGGAAGAAUCGACCCAGAACGUGAACGUUCAGUUUAUCAAUGCGUGUGGGUCAAUCCUGACAUUUCUGAAGAAAACAGUGGUUACAGAUGAAGAGUUCAAAAGCAGGUUCGAUGAGGCCAUCAAACUGAAGCUACAGGAAAUCAGAACCAGAGAGAAUAACUCUGUUCUAGACGUCAGAAUUAAGAAAGCGCUACAGGCAUAA